AGUUGUCGCAGACCCGGUGCGUGUUGGCUGGGCGAAGUAGCGAUGUCACUGCAGACCCCGCCGGCUGCCACAGCCGGCUCAGAUCUCCCCGCAGUUACCGAGAAAGGGUCCUUUCUGGGUUACAAAAUGGGCGAGGACAGUUUUGUUCCCCCGUCAGUGGAGGAAGAGGAAGACGGGGAGAAAGAAAAGGAGAAAGAGAAAUUGCCUCCUAUCCUGACUGCAUCUAAUACUGCUGCUGGGGGAUUGGAAAGAGGAGCCAAAAGCCAAUUUUCUACUUUUAGCAAUUUUAUUUCCACUAUCAACCAAAAGAAAGAAGCAGCUGGAAGCAGCAGCUCACCUACACAACUUGUUAUACCCAACAUCAAAAAUGAUUACUACAAAUGGAAGAAGUACUUCAGAUUGAUUUCCCAUCUUCAGCAAAAAAGAAGCAGUUCAAUGGUAUUGAACUUUGUUUACUAUGCCAAAGGAGUUGUAAUGAGGCACUGGUUAAAACGUCAGCAUCCAUCUAGAAAUAACUGGAAUCCAUCUUCAAAUGUGAGAGAUCUACCACCAAUUUGCCUUGAUGUUAGGCAAAAGCAGCGCAUCUCUAUAGAUACACUACCACCGGAACCGAAAGCUCCAGUCCCUCCAGAAUCUUCCCUUCCCAUCCGAACCAAAACUAUGAAAGACUUCCAGGAGGAUAUGGAAAAAGCUAAGUCAUCAGGAGAUUGGAAAGCUGUACAUGAUUUUUAUUUAACAACAUUUGAUUCUUUCCUGGAGUUAAAUGCUGCAUUUAAGAAAGAUGUCAGUCUCCCUUUCAGUACCAUUGAAGACUCUGGAAUCAAUGCUAAAUUUGUGAAUGCUGUCUAUGAUGCCUUACUAAAUACUCCUCAAGAUAUUCAGAAGUCUGUCCUAAAAGGAAUAAUUAAUGGUCUGUUACAGGAGUGGAAAGGGCCACGAACAAAAGAUGAUCUUAGAGCAUACUGUAUACUUCUACAGAAUCCUCAGUUUAGUAACACAUCUACUUAUGUCAUCUAUGCUCACUUGCUAAGACAGAUAGCAACCUUGGCAGAAGCUGACCAUCAUUUCCUAGCUCACUGGUUUAAAAAGAUUUCGCAGAGAAGGUUUAAGCAGUUAGUAGACAGGUUGCUGCAAUUUAUUUCUUUACGUCUGUUCCCUGCAAAACCUGAAGAAUUCCCACCCAUGAUAAAAUGUACCUGGUGGAUUCCAUCAGCAACCAAAGUCUUGGCUUUAUUCAAUGCUGCAAAUAGCCUAGCUAAUCCUGCUAUUAUUCCAUAUAUGGAUUUUUAUAAUUCUACUUUGGAUCAUAUUGAUCUCAUGGAAGAGUAUCAUAACUGGCAGUGUUAUGGAAACUCUCACAGGUUUUCUUUCUGUCAGUAUCCAUUCAUUAUUUCUAUAGCAGCAAAAAAAGUUAUUAUUCAAAGGGACUCAGAACAACAGAUGAUAAGCAUGGCACGGCAAAGUCUGGUGGACAAAGUCUCUCGCAGGCAGAGACCUGACAUGAAUAUGUUAUUCCUAAACUUGAAAGUGAGAAGGAUGCACCUUGUUAGUGAUUCACUUGAUGAGCUGACACGGAAGAGGGCAGAUUUGAAAAAAAAGUUGAAAGUUACAUUUGUAGGGGAGGCUGGUCUUGAUAUGGGUGGCUUGACAAAAGAAUGGUUUCUUCUCCUUAUUCGCCAGAUUUUUCACCCAGACUAUGGUAUGUUUACAUAUCACAAGGAUUCACACUGUCACUGGUUUAGCAGUUAUAAAUGUGAUAACUACUCUGAAUUCCGAUUGGUUGGAGCUCUUAUGGGACUUGCCGUGUAUAACAGUAUCACCUUGGAUAUUCGCUUCCCACCUUGCUGUUAUAAGAAACUUUUGAGUCCUCCCAUUGUUCCCUGUGAUCAGAACACACCUGUAGGCAUCAGUGAUGUUUCAUUAGAUGACCUGUGUCAUAUUAUACCAGAGUUGGCCCAUGGACUAAGUGAGCUUCUAUCCUAUGAAGACAACGUUGAAGAAGACUUUUAUUCAACUUUCCAGGUUUUUCAAGAAGAAUUUGGAGUCAUAAAAUCUUAUAACCUAAAGCCUGGUGGUGAUAAAAUUCCAGUUACGGCUCAGAAUAGGAAAGAAUAUGUGCAGCUUUAUGUUGACUUCAUUCUCAACAAAUCAAUCUACAAACAGUUUGCAGCUUUUUAUUAUGGAUUCCAUAGUGUCUGUGAUUCAUAUGCAUUGAUGCUACUUCGUCCAGAAGAGGUUGAAAUUCUUGUUUGUGGAAGUCCUGAACUAGAUAUGUAUGCUCUACAGAGAAACACCCAGUAUGAUGGCUACCUGAAAACUGAUCUCACUAUACGAUACUUUUGGGAGGUAGUACUCGGAUUUCCUCUUGAUCUCCAAAAGAAGCUGCUGCAUUUUACUACAGGAAGUGACAGAGUACCUGUGGGAGGGAUGGCUGAUUUGAAUUUCAAGAUUUCAAAGAGUGAAACGUCCACUAACUGGUUACCUGUGGCCCACACGUGCUUUAACCAGCUUUGCCUCCCUCCUUACAAGAGCAAAAAAGAACUGAAGCAGAAGCUGAUCAUUGGAAUUUCAAAUGCAGAAGGUUUUGGUCUAGAAUAAUUUGAAAGGUUUAAAAUACAGGAUUUUUUUAUGUAGCACUCACUUUCCUCUUAUUGUGCCUUUAAGCUUUUCAUGUUUGUCUCUUGAUACUGUGCCAGUCUUAUCCAAUUUAAAACAUGAUUUUUUUAGUUAAUGCAAAGUGCAUUUGUUUUUGCUGUAUGGCAAUACAUUUACUGCUUUUUUUUUUCACAAAGUAAUUUUCAUAAAAUACAGAAUGCUGCAUUACUUGACAGAAGAAAGCCGCCAGAGGUGACAAAUUCCAGGUUACAGUUUUGAGUCUGAUUAUUCUUGGAGCACUUUAUAAUUAAUCAUAAUUUACAUCCGGAUGCAUGUUCCACUGGGAAAGGAAACAUAAAAGGUUUAUUGAUUAGAUAAGCCAAGUGGCAGAAUGUCUUCAAUUAAUACACGCAGUAGCAAAGUGUAUAACUGCCAUUCAUGUGAGACACGGGGCCAUAUUUUCAUAUUGAGACAUAAAGCAAUUACAGCCUAGAUGAAAUGUAUACAGUUUUAAUGUUCUGGCUUUCGUUAUCAAAUAAUUAAGCAGGAUAUUUAAAAAGCAUGUAAAUAACUGCCUGUGGAAAAAUAGAAUUUUGAUAGUGCCAUUAAUUGCUAAAGAUUUAUUUUUACAAAUACACAGUUUUAGAUGUUAUAUAUUCAGCUUUUACAGAUCAACAGAAUUGAUUUGUACAGGAAUGUUAAAAGUACUAUUUUCAGUAUAGCUGGACUCAAGGACAAACUUUAAGUAUUAAACAACCUGCAUGUAAAUCUUAUGAAAUUGGCAGCAAACUAAUCAGUUUGGCUGUAGAUAUUGUAGUUUUGUAACCAUGGCUUACUUAAAGAAAUUGGAUGUUGACAGGUAAAUUCUAAAUCUCUUUGAAUAACUUAAGAAAUAAGUGAUAUCCACAUCACAUGGAAAAAUAUUAAAAUUUUAACUUGUGUACAAUGCUGUCAUUUGAUCAACAACUUUAUGCUAGAAAUCUUUUACUAAAAGUUUAUUAGAGUAAGCUAUGACAAAAGUGAAUACAAGAACAUAUCAAAAUGCUGUAUCUUUCAUUUAACUUGAAGGUCGGUAUUUAGACAAUGUUUUGGUUUUUUCACUGCACACUAAUAAAGUAAAUGUAAAGAUAUUCUUGUCUGAAAGUUUUAGCAAAUUUGGAGCUGAGGAAGAAACUGGUUGUAAAAUGCAGGCAUAAUUACAAGUCCAUUUUUAUUCACAACCUGAGACAGUAGCAGCAUACAGUAUAGUAUAUUGUAUUUUUUUACAUCAAGUAAUACCUACUGUAUGUUCUAUGGAUUUUGCAAUGGAACUUAUUUGCAAUAACAAAAUAUAUAGUAAUUUUUCUGAUACUUUUCUUAUUCUGGCUAUUUCUUCCUUUCUAUACUACUUACACACAACCAGCAGAUUUCUACAUUGGUUAGUAAACUAAUCUGGCUACUCUGUAACCUUAAUGCCAUUAAUCCUUUAGUAGAUAAUUACACAUUUCAUUCUGUUCUGAUCCUUAAAGAAGGUAGUGAUGGUUUUCCAUUUUUAUUUUAUUAGGAAUAGAGAUUAGUGGUAGGAUUUUUGAAAGCAUUCAGCAUUGGCCUAACUCAGCUCCUCUUUAAGUGAGUGGUAAAACUACCAUUGACUUCAGUGGAAGCAUAUUUAGGCCAGUAAUUGUUGCUUUUAAAAAUACCACUCUAGAAUUAUAUUUUUAAUCUGAAAAUGUAAAGUGAAUCAGUUACACAAAUCACACUGCUUCACCACUGUACUGCCUGAACUAAAAAGACAUUUAAAAUGGGUAAAAUACUAAUAAGCACAAAAAUGUGGGUGUAUUUUAGAAGUCAGAAUUAUGUAUAUUUUUAUUAAGUAAACUGGAAGCAAAAUUUUUGUUUCUAGAGGGGGUGAUUCAUGGAAAGUUGUCAUGCAUUUUUGUUUAUGAAUUAAUAGCUCUACAGUUUCUCAUGUAAAAAUGCAUAUGUCAAUAUUUUUAUGACUCAAGCCCACAUUUAAUAACUGAAGCAUUGUUUCUGCCUAUCAUUAAGAUAAAAGCUUUACAUUUUAAUCUUUUAUCAUAAAAUUGCACUUUGCCUUGGUUUAGUUUUAAUUAUUAAAAGCUUUUUGGGUUUACUGUGUAAUAUUACCUCAAAAUUUUAAAAGCUAUUAUAUUUGCAUCCAUUUUUAAAUAAAUUAGAGAACUGUCAUUGAAUUACAUUUUAUAUUUCCUGACAUUAAGUUAAAUAAUUGUAAUUUUUGUAUUUGUUAAAUGAAAGCAUUGCACAAUAUUUAUGAAAUAAGCCUCUGAUCUCCUCAUUUAACAUUGUUUGCUCAACUACAUUUUGUUUUUUGUCUUGCAAUGUAAUCCAACAAAACCUUCCUCCUCCUCCCUCACCCCCCUUUUUCUCUCUACAAUUGUUUUGUACAUUACCUAAGAAAAUCUGGUUUGUAUACAUUUGUUCAUUACUGGGUACCUAUUUUUAUGUAUUGAAAUUGUGAAGUCAUUAAAUCAAACACGUUUCAAUUUCCAA